AUGGCGAAGUUCCACGCCCCUGAGAUUCAGGACAAUCCCUCAGGAUGGGGUCCUUGUGCUGUCCCUGAGAAGUUUAAGGACAUGCCCUACCAGCCCUUCAGCAAAGGAGACCGUCUGGGAAAGGUUGGUCUUCCUCUGCUGCCUCACACUUUUAAUUAUGAACAGCAGUUUGUCCUGCUUCAAGAGGAGGAAAUUAGGCUGACUGAUCUACUUUAUUCUGUCCAUCUGUGCAGGUAGCUGAUUGGACUGGAGCAACCUACCAGGACAAGAGAUACACAAGUGGGUUAAAUUGAAUUGUAGGAUUCAUAAUAACAACAUGAUAUGGUGUGAACAUAAUCCAGAAUAUCUUGCCUAUUCUAAAUGUCUAUAUUCAAUAUUUAUUUAUUUUCUGGUAUUUCAGACCAUGGAUGCCAUAAUUUGACGUUUGGUUGAUUGUUUUGACAGACAAGUACUCAUCUCAGUUUGGGGGUGGUAGUCAGUAUGCCUAUUUCCAUGAGGAGGACGAGACGAGCUUCCAGCUGGUGGACACUGCCAAGACGCAGAAGACUGCCUACCAGAGGAACCGCAUGAGGUUUGCUCAGGUACAAGACUAACCUGCUCGACCACACACACAGUACCCCAAAAAUGCUUUUCUGUGUCACCUAUAACAGGAUGGUGUUUUUUUCUGUUUUUACAGAGGAAUCUGCGCAGGGACAAGGACCGCAGGAACCUGACCCAGUUCAAUAUGCAGACCCUGCCGAAGAGUGCCAAGCAGAAGGAGAGGUGAGCUGCAUGCAGUUGUUUAGCCAAUCCACUGCUAAUGUGACAUUCUAAAACUCAUGUCGUUGUCUGGUUUUCUCUAUACCUCUGUCUAAUCUAAUGUGGCUCUGUCCAGGGAUCGCAUGCGUCUACAGAAAAAGUUCCAGAAGCAGUUUGGUGUCCGUCAGAAGUGGGACCAGAAAUCCCAGGUAUGGGAAGAUCAACGAUGAAUGUGGACUGUUUUAUCAGUGCACCUUCUGACAUCUGAAGCAUAUUGUGAUACUCCUCAGAUAACGUCUGAUGUAGUCGUAUAAAUUUUCUGGCAACAGUCUUCCCAAACACCUGCUAACGCUACCAUACGUGCCUGUCUCUCCUCCUUUCCCUUUCCCCCUUACCCCCCUUUCCUUUCCCCCCUCAUACCUUUCAUUUCAAGGCCCAGUUGAAGCCCCGGGACUCGUCGGUGGAGGUCCGGAGUGACUGGGAGGUGAAGGAGGAGAUGGACUUCCCCAGGCUGAUGAAGAUGAGAUACAUGGAGGUGGAGGACCCCACUGACAUGUGAGUGACUUAUCAACACUGCAUCUGUGCUCAAUCCAGGGGAGAACGACUGCCCCCUCGCAUUGAGGAUUUCAAGUUGAAGGCCGACCGCGGUACUGCAGGCAAUGUUUCCAGAAAACAGGAUCCCCGUUAUAGUGAAUGGGGAAAUGGCGAUCUUCGUGGUCAAUAUUUGUGGAUAUACAAAAAAAACGAAAACGAAAAAUAUUCAUGGUACCAAUAAUGGCUUCUAUUUCACCAGAUGUAUGUCCUUGAACCGAUUUACUUUAAAAUCACACACGGACGAAGUUAUAAGAAUAAUCUAGUUGCUAAUGGCAGCCUGCAGUACCUCUGUCGGCCUUCAACUUACAUUUACAUUUACAUUUUAGUCAUUUAGCAGACGCUCUUAUCCAGAGCGACUUACAGUUAGUGAAUACAUAUUUUUUUAUACUGGCCCCCCGUGGGAAUCGAACCCACAACCCUGGCGUUGCAAACGCCAUGCUCUAUCAACUGAGCUACAUCCCUGCCGGCCAUUCCCUCCCCUACCCUGGACGACGCUGGGCCAAUUGUGCGCCGCCCAUGAGUCUCCCGGUCGCGGCCGGCUGCGACAGAGCCUGGAUUCGAACCAGGAUCUCUAGUGGCACAGUUAGCACUGCGAUGCAGUGCCUUAGACCACUGCGCCACUCAGAACUUGAUAUACUCCAUGAGAGGGGGCAGCAUUGAGCUAGCCUUCAACGUCGCUUCAUAGAGUAGGUCAAACUGCGCAUGCAAUGUUUCCAAAAACUCCUCCAUGUAAAAAGAUGGCGACACGCUGAAAUGACACUUCCUGAUCAUCGACCACUGAGCAAUCUCAUAUGAAACAAUGGGGUGACGUCAUCGAUGGCUUUGUCCAUAUUUUUUACAGUCUAUGGCUCAAUCACACAGUUCAGAACAAAACCCACAGUCUGAAUAACAUGUUCAAGCUGCUUUUCAGCUGCAAUCAGUCAGUUUUUUCCCUUUUAUUAUAUCCACGUAAAGUCAAUAGAUGUUCUUUCUCCCUCAGUGAGUGCUGUGGUGCGUUGGAGUACUACGACAAGGCCUUUGACCGCGUCACCACUCGCAACGAGAAGCCUCUCAAGAGCAUCAAGAGGAUCUUCCACACAGUGACCACCACCGACGACCCUGUCAUCCGCAAGGUACACACUCUCAAUUCCACACAUGUACAGCACUGUGCCAGGUACAAUAAGCCAGAGCAACAUAUUAUUGAUUCAGUCCUUUUGUUGUUUUGUCUGCACAUUCUUGUUCAGAACAAAUGGUUUCACACAUUUCAGAAACAAAAACAUGGUUAUUACAAUGUCCACUGCCCUGUAGACUGUGUUCUCUGAUCUAAAUCCUUCCCUAUACCCUCCUCUCUACAGUUGGCUAAGACCCAGGGCAACGUGUUUGCCACCGAUGCCAUUCUGGCCACCCUGAUGUGCUGCACGCGCUCAGUCAACUCCUGGGACAUCAUUGUGCAGAGAGUGGGCAACAAGCUCUUCUUUGACAAGAGGGACAACUCUGACUUUGGUGAGGCUUUCUCAAGUAAAUCUAUUCAACUGUUGGUCCGUCUGACUGGUCAAGGACUUCUUGUUUACUAGUGAAUCAGUAGUUAUACCUAAUAUCCAACUCAAUAAUAUUUCAAUCUUCUUGUCAUCAUAAUGCCAAUGUUUAGGGGUGCUUUUGUUUUUUUUGGCUCAUCGAACCAUUUGUAAAUGUUCAUGUCAGAUCUGUUGACGGUGAGUGAGACUGCCAACGAGCCACCACAGGACGAGGGCAACUCCUUCAACUCGCCCCGUAACCUGGCCAUGGAGGCUACCUACAUCAACCAUAACUUCAGCCAGCAGUGUCUGCGCAUGGUAAGACCACAACUAUACACCAAUGGACAUGUCUAGUGCCAUUCCUUCAAUGUGAGUGUGAUGUGGAAAGAGACCAUGCUUUUAUGCCAUUGUAAAAAUACAUCUUAUUUGGAUGUUAAUUAUUUUAAAGUUCAGAGAGUUCUAGUAUGAUGACGUGUCUUUGUUUUUCCCUCAGGGCGGGGAGAGGCACAAGUUCCCUAACCCCAACCCAUUUGUAGAGGAGGACAUAGACAAGAGUGAGGUGGCCUCUGUUGCCUACAGGUGGGUACUGACCCCUGCUCUCAUGCUGCUCUCUCAGUACUGCAGACCGUCUGAGCAGUCAGUCUAUACACAGUUACUUCAUUUACAUCUGUAAGAAGACAUUUUUUUUGUAGGUACUCCUGUUUUUAAAUGGAUCCAUGUAAUCUGUGUCCUGCAGGACUCUAUACUCUGGGUUAGUGGUGAGGGGUGUCGCUGUGUAGACCUGUAAACUCACCUGUGUUUGUGUCUCAGGUACCGCCGCUGGAAGCUGGGGGAGGACAUUGACCUGAUUGUACGCUGUGAGCAUGAUGGAGUGAUGACUGGGGCCAACGGAGAGGUGUCCUUCAUCAAUGUCAAGACCCUUAACGAGUGGGACUCCAGGGUAAGAGGCCAGUAAUAGAUAUUUGAUGCUAUCACUGGGGAUGAAAUGCAGUGUUAACCUCCCCUCUAAUGGUUAAUGGUGUUGUUGAAUGUUUUGUUCUUGUCUUUAGCACUGUAAUGGAGUGGACUGGCGUCAGAAGCUGGACUCUCAGAGAGGAGCUGUUCUGGCCACUGAGCUAAAGAACAACAGCUACAAACUGGCCCGCUGGACCUGCUGUGCCAUGCUGGCUGGGUCUGAGUACCUCAAGCUAGGGUCAGUACCCUCCCCCCACACACACAUACACACACAUACACACAGGUAGAGUGCAACUAUACUGUACACAUAAACUGUUUUUCCCCUUCAAAUGUCUAUAAAUUCACUUGGUUAUCAGUUGAAUUUGACCCUGCUGGUCCUCUGAACGUUUGAACAUCUUGAAGAACAAUCUCGUCUUAAUGGCCAUGUACUCUUAUAAUCUUCACCCGGCACAGCCAGAAGAGGACUGGCCACCCCUCAGAGCCUGGUUCCUCUCUAGGUUCCUGCCUAGUUUUUCCUAGCCACCCUGAUUCUGCAUUGCUUGCUGUUUGGGGUUUUAGGCUGGGUUUCUGUAUAAGCACUUUGUGAAAUCUGCUGAUGUAAAAAGGGCUUUAUAAAUACAUUUGAUUGAAUAGCUCGGUACAUCCUCUGUUGUAAAACAAUUCAACCAACCUCCAUCAGUUAAAUCCCCCCUCCCUCCCAUGUCUCCAGGUACGUGUCUCGUUACCACGCGAAGGACUCUGCACGCCACGUGGUCCUGGGCACCCAGCAGUUCCAGCCCACUGAGUUUGCCAGCCAGAUCAACUUGAGCAUGGAGAACGCCUGGGGCAUCCUGCGCUGUGUCAUCGACAUCUGCCGCAAGCUGGAGGAGGGCAAGUACCUCAUCCUCAAGGACCCCAACAAGGUGAGCCCGGGACUGCUGAGCCUCUGUGAUGCUUGACCACGGAGCAGAGCAUACCCUUGACUGUUUCUGUAGAGAGCUGCCAAUGACUUGAAAGACUAGUAUUCAAAAGACUAGUACUUGUCUCCGAGCAACUUGUAGUAGUUGAUUUCCCCCAUUGUCUGACACCGUGUCUGCACACAGAGCCCUAUAAAUGUUAGUGUUCCUUACAGUGUGAGUCAAUAUCAUCAUCUUGUGUUUGUGUGCUUUUGCCAACAGCAAGUGAUCCGCGUGUAUAGCUUGCCUGACGGGACCUUCAGCUCAGAUGAAGAUGAGGAAGAUGAUGAUGAUGAUGAAGAUGAGGAGGAGGAGGAAGGUGAGGACUGCCACCUUACACUACGCGGUAGCUGUACAGUGUUUACAGUGCAUUAGGAAAGUAUUCAGACCCCUUGCCUUUUUCCAAAUUUUGUUACGUUACAGCCUUGUUCUAAAAUGGAUUAAAUUGUUAGUUUUUUUAUCCUCAUCUACACACAAUACCCCACAAUGCCAAAGUGAAAACAGUUUCAUUUAAAUUUUUUGCAAAUGUAUUACUAAUAAAAAAACGGAUACCUUUUUUUAUUUGCUGUGAGGCUCGGGUGCAUCCUGUUUCCAUUGAUCAUCCUUGAGAUGUUUCUACAACUUGAUUGGAGUCCACCUGUGGUAAAUUCAACUGUUUGGACAUGAUUUGAAAGGCACACACCUGUCUAUAUAAGGUCCCACAGUUGACAGUGCAUGUCAGAGCAAAAACCAAGCCAUGAUGUUGAAGGAAUUGUCCGUAGAGCGCCGAGGCAGGAUUGUGUUGCGGCACAGAUCUGGGGAAGGGUACCAAAAAAUGUAUGCAGCAUUGAAGGUUCCCAAGAACACAGUGGCCUCCAUCAUUCUUAAAUGGAAGAAGUUUGGAACCACAAAGACUCUUCCUAGUGCUGGCCGCCCGGCCAAACUGAGCAAUUGGGGGCGAUGGUCACUCUGACAGAGCUCCUCUGUGGAGAUGGGUGAACCUUCCAGAAGGACAACCAUCUCUGCAGCUCUCCACCAAUCAGGCCGUUAUGGUAGAGUUUCCAGACGGAAGCCACUCCUCAGUAAAAGGCACAUGACAGCCGGCUUGGAGUUUGCCAAAAGGCACCUAAAGGACUCUCAGACCAUGAGAAACAAGAUUCUCUGGUCUGAUGAAACCAAGACUGAACUCUUUGGCCUGAAUGGCAAGCGUCACGUCUGGAGGAAACCAGGCACCGCUCAUCACCUGGCCAAUACCAUCCCUACGGUGAAGCAUGGUGGUGGCAGCAUGCUGUAGAGAUGUUUUUCAGCAGCAGGGACUGGGAGACUAGUCCGGAUCGAGGGAAAGAUGAACGGAGCAAAGUACAGAGAGAUCCUUGAUGAAAACCUGCUCCAGUGCCCUCAGGACCUCAGACUGGGGUGAAUGUUCACCUUCCAACAGGACAACGACCCUAAGCACACAGCCAAGACAACACAGGAGUGGCUUCGGGACAAGUCUCUGAAUGUCCUUGAGUGGCCCAGCCAGAGCCCGGACUUGAAACCGAUCAAACAUCUCUGGAGAGACCUGAAAAUAGCAGUGCAGCGACGCUCCCCAUCCAACCUGACAGAGCUUGAGAGGAUCUGCAGAGAAGAAUGGGAGAAACUCCCCAAAUCCAAGUGUGCCAAGCUUGUAGCGUCAUACCCAAGAAGACUCGAGGCUGUAAUCGCUGCCAAAGGUGCUUCAACAAAGUACUGAGUGAAGGGUCUGAAUACUUAUGUAAAUGUGAUAGGCAAUCUCAUAUGAACAAUGGGGACGUCAUCGAUGGCUUUGUCCAUAUUUUUACAGUCUAUGGCUCAAUCACACAGUUCAGAACAAAAACCCACAGUCUGAAUAACAUGUUCAAGUGGCUUUUCAGCUGCAAUCAGUCAGUUUUUUCCCCUUUUAUUAUAUCCACGUAAAGUCAAUAGAUGUUCUUUCUCCCUCAGUGAGUGCUGUGGUGCGUUGGAGUACUACGACAAGGCCUUUGACCGCGUCACCACUCGCAACGAGAAGCCUCUCAAGAGCAUCAAGAGGAUCUUCCACACAGUGACCACCACCGACGACCCUGUCAUCCGCAAGGUACACACUCUCAAUUCCACACAUGUACAGCACUGUGCCAGGUACAAUAAGCCAGAGCAACAUAUUAUUGAUUCAGUCCUUUUGUUGUUUUGUCUGCACAUUCUUGUUCAGAACAAAUGGUUUCACACAUUUCAGAAACAAAAACAUGGUUAUUACAAUGUCCACUGCCCUGUAGACUGUGUUCUCUGAUCUAAAUCCUUCCCUAUACCCUCCUCUCUACAGUUGGCUAAGACCCAGGGCAACGUGUUUGCCACCGAUGCCAUUCUGGCCACCCUGAUGUGCUGCACGCGCUCAGUCAACUCCUGGGACAUCAUUGUGCAGAGAGUGGGCAACAAGCUCUUCUUUGACAAGAGGGACAACUCUGACUUUGGUGAGGCUUUCUCAAGUAAAUCUAUUCAAACUGUUGGUCCGUCUGACUGGUCAAGGACUUCUUGUUUACUAGUGAAUCAGUAGUUAUACCUAAUAUCCAACUCAAUAAUAUUUCAAUCUUCUUGUCAUCAUAAUGCCAAUGUUUAGGGGUGCUUUUGUUUUUUUUGGCUCAUCGAACCAUUUGUAAAUGUUCAUGUCAGAUCUGUUGACGGUGAGUGAGACUGCCAACGAGCCACCACAGGACGAGGGCAACUCCUUCAACUCGCCCCGUAACCUGGCCAUGGAGGCUACCUACAUCAACCAUAACUUCAGCCAGCAGUGUCUGCGCAUGGUAAGACCACAACUAUACACCAAUGGACAUGUCUAGUGCCAUUCCUUCAAUGUGAGUGUGAUGUGGAAAGAGACCAUGCUUUUAUGCCAUUGUAAAAAUACAUCUUAUUUGGAUGUUAAUUAUUUUAAAGUUCAGAGAGUUCUAGUAUGAUGACGUGUCUUUGUUUUUCCCUCAGGGCGGGGAGAGGCACAAGUUCCCUAACCCCAACCCAUUGUAGAGGAGGACAUAGACAAGAGUGAGGUGGCCUCUGUUGCCUACAGGUGGGUACUGACCCCUGCUCUCAUGCUGCUCUCUCAGUACUGCAGACCGUCUGAGCAGUCAGUCUAUACACAGUUACUUCAUUUACAUCUGUAAGAAGACAUUUUUUUUGUAGGUACUCCUGUUUUUAAAUGGAUCCAUGUAAUCUGUGUCCUGCAGGACUCUAUACUCUGGGUUAGUGGUGAGGGGUGUCGCUGUGUAGACCUGUAAACUCACCUGUGUUUGUGUCUCAGGUACCGCCGCUGGAAGCUGGGGGAGGACAUUGACCUGAUUGUACGCUGUGAGCAUGAUGGAGUGAUGACUGGGGCCAACGGAGAGGUGUCCUUCAUCAAUGUCAAGACCCUUAACGAGUGGGACUCCAGGGUAAGAGGCCAGUAAUAGAUAUUUGAUGCUAUCACUGGGGAUGAAAUGCAGUGUUAACCUCCCCUCUAAUGGUUAAUGGUGUUGUUGAAUGUUUUGUUCUUGUCUUUAGCACUGUAAUGGAGUGGACUGGCGUCAGAAGCUGGACUCUCAGAGAGGAGCUGUUCUGGCCACUGAGCUAAAGAACAACAGCUACAAACUGGCCCGCUGGACCUGCUGUGCCAUGCUGGCUGGGUCUGAGUACCUCAAGCUAGGGUCAGUACCCUCCCCCCACACACACAUACACACACAUACACACAGGUAGAGUGCAACUAUACUGUACACAUAAACUGUUUUUCCCCUUCAAAUGUCUAUAAAUUCACUUGGUUAUCAGUUGAAUUUGACCCUGCUGGUCCUCUGAACGUUUGAACAUCUUGAAGAACAAUCUCGUCUUAAUGGCCAUGUACUCUUAUAAUCUUCACCCGGCACAGCCAGAAGAGGACUGGCCACCCCUCAGAGCCUGGUUCCUCUCUAGGUUCCUGCCUAGUUUUUCCUAGCCACCCUGAUUCUGCAUUGCUUGCUGUUUGGGGUUUUAGGCUGGGUUUCUGUAUAAGCACUUUGUGAAAUCUGCUGAUGUAAAAAGGGCUUUAUAAAUACAUUUGAUUGAAUAGCUCGGUACAUCCUCUGUUGUAAAACAAUUCAACCAACCUCCAUCAGUUAAAUCCCCCCUCCCUCCCAUGUCUCCAGGUACGUGUCUCGUUACCACGCGAAGGACUCUGCACGCCACGUGGUCCUGGGCACCCAGCAGUUCCAGCCCACUGAGUUUGCCAGCCAGAUCAACUUGAGCAUGGAGAACGCCUGGGGCAUCCUGCGCUGUGUCAUCGACAUCUGCCGCAAGCUGGAGGAGGGCAAGUACCUCAUCCUCAAGGACCCCAACAAGGUGAGCCCGGGACUGCUGAGCCUCUGUGAUGCUUGACCACGGAGCAGAGCAUACCCUUGACUGUUUCUGUAGAGAGCUGCCAAUGACUUGAAAGACUAGUAUUCAAAAGACUAGUACUUGUCUCCGAGCAACUUGUAGUAGUUGAUUUCCCCCAUUGUCUGACACCGUGUCUGCACACAGAGCCCUAUAAAUGUUAGUGUUCCUUACAGUGUGAGUCAAUAUCAUCAUCUUGUGUUUGUGUGCUUUUGCCAACAGCAAGUGAUCCGCGUGUAUAGCUUGCCUGACGGGACCUUCAGCUCAGAUGAAGAUGAGGAAGAUGAUGAUGAUGAUGAAGAUGAGGAGGAGGAGGAAGGUGAGGACUGCCACCUUACACUACGCGGUAGCUGUACAGUGUUUACAGUGCAUUAGGAAAGUAUUCAGACCCCUUGCCUUUUUCCAAAUUUUGUUACGUUACAGCCUUGUUCUAAAAUGGAUUAAAUUGUUAGUUUUUUAUCCUCAUCUACACACAAUACCCCACAAUGCCAAAGUGAAAACAGUUUCAUUUAAAUUUUUUGCAAAUGUAUUACUAAUAAAAAAACGGAUACCUUUUUUUAUUUGCUGUGAGGCUCGGGUGCAUCCUGUUUCCAUUGAUCAUCCUUGAGAUGUUUCUACAACUUGAUUGGAGUCCACCUGUGGUAAAUUCAACUGUUUGGACAUGAUUUGAAAGGCACACACCUGUCUAUAUAAGGUCCCACAGUUGACAGUGCAUGUCAGAGCAAAAACCAAGCCAUGAUGUUGAAGGAAUUGUCCGUAGAGCGCCGAGGCAGGAUUGUGUUGCGGCACAGAUCUGGGGAAGGGUACCAAAAAAUGUAUGCAGCAUUGAAGGUUCCCAAGAACACAGUGGCCUCCAUCAUUCUUAAAUGGAAGAAGUUUGGAACCACAAAGACUCUUCCUAGUGCUGGCCGCCCGGCCAAACUGAGCAAUUGGGGGCGAUGGUCACUCUGACAGAGCUCCUCUGUGGAGAUGGGUGAACCUUCCAGAAGGACAACCAUCUCUGCAGCUCUCCACCAAUCAGGCCGUUAUGGUAGAGUUUCCAGACGGAAGCCACUCCUCAGUAAAAGGCACAUGACAGCCGGCUUGGAGUUUGCCAAAAGGCACCUAAAGGACUCUCAGACCAUGAGAAACAAGAUUCUCUGGUCUGAUGAAACCAAGACUGAACUCUUUGGCCUGAAUGGCAAGCGUCACGUCUGGAGGAAACCAGGCACCGCUCAUCACCUGGCCAAUACCAUCCCUACGGUGAAGCAUGGUGGUGGCAGCAUGCUGUAGAGAUGUUUUUCAGCAGCAGGGACUGGGAGACUAGUCCGGAUCGAGGGAAAGAUGAACGGAGCAAAGUACAGAGAGAUCCUUGAUGAAAACCUGCUCCAGUGCCCUCAGGACCUCAGACUGGGGUGAAUGUUCACCUUCCAACAGGACAACGACCCUAAGCACACAGCCAAGACAACACAGGAGUGGCUUCGGGACAAGUCUCUGAAUGUCCUUGAGUGGCCCAGCCAGAGCCCGGACUUGAAACCGAUCAAACAUCUCUGGAGAGACCUGAAAAUAGCAGUGCAGCGACGCUCCCCAUCCAACCUGACAGAGCUUGAGAGGAUCUGCAGAGAAGAAUGGGAGAAACUCCCCAAAUCCAAGUGUGCCAAGCUUGUAGCGUCAUACCCAAGAAGACUCGAGGCUGUAAUCGCUGCCAAAGGUGCUUCAACAAAGUACUGAGUGAAGGGUCUGAAUACUUAUGUAAAUGUGAUAUUUCCGUUUUUAAAAAAAUUUGCCAAUUUUUUUUGCUUUGUCAUAAUGGGGUUUUGUGUGUAGAUUGGGGGGGGGGGGGGGGAGGACAAUUGAAUCCAUUUUAGAAUAAGGCUGUAAUGUAACAAUGUGGGAAAAGUCAAGGGAUCUGAAUACUUUCCGAAUUCACUGUAUAUAUUACAAUGUGUGGGCAGUGGUCUCUGAAUUUGAUUUAUAUUUGAUUGUAAUCUCAGUCUAAUGGUUUGUAAGUAAUGUGAUUAAUAGAUGACUUUUUGUGCAAUACGUUUUCCAUAUUCUGAAUGACUUAUGUUUACUGAUUUAAUGUCCUUUUCCCUCCCCCUCCUUUCUCUCUACUUCCUCUCCUCUUUUUGUAGAUGAACCAGAACCCUAAG